GGUCGCAGAGGACCAAGCGGGGAACCUGGCCGACCCGGUUCCACGGGGCUACGGGGUGAAUCUGGUGAGCAGGGUCCUACUGGAGUUUUGGGACCCAAAGGUAACCAGGGUGUUGCAGGAGCAGAUGGACUGUCGGGAAGUAAAGGAGAACUGGGUCCUUUUGGACCUCUUGGUCAGAAAGGGGAGGCGGGACAGAGAGGAGACCCCGGACCUAAAGGAGCCCCGGGCCCCAAUGGAACUGUUGGAAUGCCAGGAAUUCCAGGCCAUCCAGGCAAAAUGGGUUUACAAGGAGAGCAAGGAAUCCCUGGGGUUGUUGGGAAACCAGGCUCUCCGGGAAAAGAAGCUAGUGAGGAACGCAUACGAGAGCUCUGUGAUGGCAUGAUCAGUGAGCAAAUUGCCCAGUUAGCUGCUAAUUUAAGGAAACCCUUGGCUCCUGGACACAUGGGGAAGCCUGGGCCUGCUGGCCCUCCAGGGCCUCCUGGAGCAAUGGGGAGCAUUGGACAUCCUGGGGCUCGUGGCCCACCUGGAUACAGGGGACCAACAGGGCAUUUGGGAGCCCCUGGUCCCAGAGGGGACCCUGGUGAGAAGGGAGACAAAGGGGUCAUUGGCAAAGGCGUUGAUGGACCUGAUGGAGAUCAGGGUCCACAAGGACCACCAGGUGUCCCUGGGACUAGGAAAGAUGGUCGGAAUGGUUCACCUGGUGAUCCUGGGUUACCAGGAGACCCUGGAAGACCAGGUUCAGUUGGAGCACAAGGAACUACAGGACUCUGUGAUACAUCUGCCUGCAUGGGAGCUGCUGCUAGCGGAAAAUCUAAGAAAUCGUAA